CUUGGGUCAGUCACCAUGGCUAGUCUCACGCUACAUUACUGAAGAGAGUCACUUCGCAGAUGGAUCCGAACCUUCUAUCACAUCUCAAAGUAUAAAGACACCCCACAGGAUCCCCAUCUUUUCCAUCAAUUCUACUUGUAAAUCAUCGCAUCCUCCCCGACAUCAACACAACAAGCAUCUUAGAGACCAUGGCAACUAGCCACGCCCAGACAAAGUCGAGCUUGAACGACCAUCUCGAACAAGUCGACGAGCCCAUCGGUGCUGCUGCUCUCGGACAAGCCGCUUCUGGAUACGAGAACUUGACAUUGUGGCAGACUGUACGAGUUUUCAAGGUCGCAACGCUUGUGUGCUUUCUGGCCGCUUUCAGUGCCGCUACCGAUGGCUAUCAGAUUGGCAUCAAUGGAAGCAUCAUCGCAAACAAAGGCUUCGUUGACCAAUUCGCUACCGAGACAAACUCUGCCGGCAAGAAGUAUCUUGCAGCUCCAAUCCUGGCCGGCUGGAGCUCCAUUAUGUCUGUUGGACAGAUAAUCGGCAUGACUACGAUUCCUUUUCUGUCUCGCAGACUGGGUCGAAAACCUGCAAUGUUCACGUACUGGACCGUUCUGGUCACAAGCGUUCUAGCAGAGACAUUCGCGAGGCACUGGCAGGUCUGGCUAGCCGGCAAGCUGCUCGCUGGUAUUGGCGUUGGCUGUCUCCAAUCAGUCUUACCUGUAUACAUCUCUGAGUGUGCACCCACUCGAAUCCGAGGUGGUCUCUUGAUGUGCUAUAGUUUCUGGUGGACGAUCGGCUCAUUCUGUGCUUAUCUGGCUCUUCAGACAUUAAACCGUCUACACCCAAACGUAUGGCUUACGCCGAUCUACACUCAAUGGGCUCAGAUUGGCCUCAUGCUUGUCAUUUACAUCUUCCUCCCGGAAUCUCCCUCCUGGUGCGUUGAUCGGGGACACUUCGAUCGGGCCAAGAAGCAGAUGCUCAAACUCAAUUAUGGAGUUGUCGACUACGAUGUUGAUCACCACUUCGACAUACUUCGCUGCACCGUGGAGCACGAGAAAGAGGUCGCUCUACUGCAAAAAAGUGAGCACUGGUACUCCAUUUUCAAGGGUACCGAUGGCCUUCGUACCAUGAUCUCUCUUUGGCCCAAUCUCACUCAGCAGUUUAUCGGUCUGACACUCUUUGCGACGUUCGGAACUUAUUUCUUCCAGCAGGCCGGCCUGAAGGAUCCCUUCACAAUCAAGUGCAUCACUUCUGGUAUCAACAUUGGUACAUUGAUCGCUGUUGUUCUCCUCUCCGACAAGCUCGGCCGUAGGCGAAUCUCAUGCUAUGGCACCACUCUGGCAUGGACUUGCUGCGUAGUUAUUGGUAUCCUUGGUCUAGUGAAGAAGUCGGCCGCAUCUUCUAAUUUGUUUGUACUUUUCGUCUGUCUUUGGAAUGUGGGUAUGAUAUCCAACGGCGCUGCUGGAUGGGGCUUUAUGGCCGAGAUCUCCUCUCUACGCCUUCGCACCCACACAGCAGGCUUUGGCUCCGCUUGUACAUGUGUCAUCGGUGUCGUCAUGAAUAUUUUAACUCCGUAUAUGGUGAACGCCAACAAGUGGAAUUGGGGCUUCAAGACUGGAUGGUUCUAUGCUGGCGUUGGCCUGCCUUUUGUCGUUGGCGCUUGGCUUCUCUUGCCAGAGACGACUGGGUAAGUCAAAUCUUCACCAUCGAGAUCGAUAUCAUGUAUUGACACAGUCUCAGACGAAGCCCGGCCGAGGUUGAUGAGCUCUUCGAGCGCAAGAUCAAGCCGUAUAGAUUCGCGCAGACAAAAACUGCCAAAGAACGAGCUUCAGAGACCGACUCUAUCGAACUCAAGGCUUAGAAUUAUUUUUCUUCGAAGGGUGAGUCAGAGGUGCUAUGACACGCAUCUCGAUCGAAGGUCUGACCUGGACUCUUUGCGCUUCAGAGAGAUCAUCGCGGAAGGCUUUUUGAGGCAAGAUCUUGUAGGCUUCCGUAGACUUAAGGAAGGAGUAGUCUAGUGUGAUACAGACCCGUUCCGGCGUUCGCACGACAAUUUUGAAGCCUAGUGCGUACCAAACUCCACUA